GUUUGUGUUUGAGCUUGAGUUAAGUAGCUCGUUUGUGAUAACGUGAAGAUGAUCGAGACUAUUGUUCCGGCGUUUGCUGAACUUAGCGAGUUAGCUAGUUUAGGGGCUGGUGGAGGAGUGGUCUUCGCCACUGAUGAUUUCUUCGCGACUUGUGAGAACAUGAUAGCUGAUACGGAGCCCAUCUUCAUAGAAGACAAGUAUACGGAUUAUGGCAAGUGGAUGGAUGGCUGGGAGACUAGAAGGAAAAGGAUUGCGGGACACGAUUGGUGUAUCUUGAAGCUGGCUACUAAGUGUGUUAUUCGAGGUUUAUUGGUUGACACGGCAUUCUUCACGGGGAACUAUGCGCCGAAGUAUUCGAUACAAGCGGCGUGCUUGACCCCUGAAGAGGAGGAAUCCAUUCCAACAAGAGUAUCGAAAAUGGGCACGGCUUGCAACAAAUUCGACUUGAAACAUAUCGAAAGACUUAAGUCUGACAAAUGGGAUGAGUUAGUGCCCGUAACAGCUCUGAGGCCAGGCUAUGUGGAGACCAGGCUCAAUUUUCAGAAGGUCCUGAGCGACGAUGCCUGGACUCACAUUCGCGUGAACAUUUAUCCUGACGGAGGAAUUGCUCGCCUGAGGGUAUUCGGAGAAGCGAAACCAGAGCGGCCUCCAAGAAAUCAAAUUAUAGACCUAGUGUCUUUACUGAAUGGCGCCGCUUGCCAAGGGUUUUCAAACGCACAUUACGGACAUCCUAGAAAUGUAAUAAAGCCCUCAAAAGGCAAAUGCAUGUCGGAUGGUUGGGAAACUGCCAGGAGACUAGACAGACCGAACGUUAUUGAAGCUAAUGAUGAUGGAACGAUGAAAAGCACAGGGCAAGAAUGGGCGGUCUUCAAAUUGGGCUUCCCAGGAAACAUUAAGCAAAUUUGUGUGGACACCAACCACUUUAAAGGCAAUUAUCCUGACUCCGUGAAGAUUGAGGGGGCGUAUUUAGGAUUCGCCGAUUGGUACCCGGAGACAGAUGCCAACUGGUGUAAUAUUUUGAAGCCUAGUAAGCUAUCAGCCCAUAAUGAGCACUGGUUCGACUGUGAUUCGGGUAUCAUCACACACAUUAGAGUAACGAUGGCGCCAGACGGCGGUUUCAGCAGAAUUAGGGCGCUAGGAUAUGUCGACUCACAAAUUGUUUGAGGAAUUAAAACAUGCUCCAUAAAGCAACUCUGAUGGCUGACAAAGAAAUUUGACUGCGACUGUACUGGGAAGUUGAAAUUGUAGGGUACAGUCGUGCUCGGUGUUCGGUAUAUGAUGCACCUAUGCGCUCCGUAAUAUCACUGUUAGAGCUCAGUGAGCCAGCAAAUUGUUGUAAUAGUCUCAUAUAUUAUUCCGCACUAUAAGCUACCUAUAUUCUUCUUCAGUAAUUUUGUUAAGCUGCUUAAAAAUGGAUUGUAGAUGCAUUUUCUGCGCUGCCAUAAGAGUUGCUUGAUCAUGUUUUAUUUUGCCGUCCUGUAUUAUUAGGUUUAAAGUUCCUGUGUUGUAGAACUUAGUAAAAUGUUAAAUUAUGUAAAUCAAGGAAAUGCUUUGUGAAAUGGAAAUUCAUACUUUGUAAAUUAUAGUGAGUUGAAGAUUCUACCUUUAAAUAUAUCAACGUAGAUACUAGUACCAAAGAUUUCUGUAUGAAUGUUAAAUCUUGUAUUACUUAAAAUAAAUUUAGUAUAAGUAACAUAAAUAACUAAGCUAUUGAUAACUUUGAAAGAAACUUAGUGAAAUCAAUAUUAGAUACUCCUCCUCAUGAAUAUUAUAUGAGUAGUGACCUUGAGGUAAAAGUUUUAAUGUAUACCCAAAUAUUAUAUUAGGAACACGAAUAAUAGCUUUAUCUUUCAAAUAUUCAAUAUGUUGUUUUUAAGUAUUACUAAUAAAAUAAUAUUUAAUUUUAA